GGGCAAGACGAGACGAUUCAAGAUGGCGGAGGACCUGGACGAUCUCCUGGAUGAAAUCGAGUCCAAGUUUUGCAGCCCCGACCCUCUGAGACGGGACGACAAGGUCGAGCGGCCCAAAAGCUGCGGCGGCGGCACCUACAGCAGCGACCGAGACCGAGUCAGAGCCAAAGAGAACCUCAGGUCAACCGAAACAUUUAAAAAAGAAGAUGAUCUUGACAGUCUUAUUAAUGAAAUAUUUGAAGAGCCCAACUUUGACACAAAACCCUUUAAAUUAAAGUCUAAAUCUUCAGGUAACACAUCUGUCAGUGCUUCCAUUCAAGGCCUUGGUAAAAGUUGCAGCCCAGUGUACCUUGGUGGAAGUGCUGUUUCAUUUGGGAUUGGAACACUUAUUUCACAGAGAGCAUGUGAUCAUCUGCGUUGUAUAGCCUGUGAUUUCUUGGUGGUAAGCUAUGAUGACUAUAUGUGGGACAAAUCAUGUGACUAUCUGUUUUUCAGGAACAACAUGCCAGAAUUCCACAAGCUAAAAGCAAAGUUGAUAAAGAAGAAAGGAGCACGGGCAUAUGCCUGCCAGUGUAGCUGGAGAACCAUUGAAGAUCUGACUGACCUCUGGACAGACCGUCAGCUUCAUUGGGUUUGUGGUAAACAUUAGAAAGGCGGAGUUCACAUUGGGACAAAUGCAUCCAUGGCAGCAGUCCCCAUUAAUCAACAAAAUGUUUCGGUAAAGGUGCCUAGCAGUAUCAUUCCCUUUGGAAAAGUCAGUGAGUUUCAUAUAAUACAACUACACACAUUUCUGAAGAUCAAAUGAACUUGGGAGAAUAAUGUGUUAUAACACUUAGAAAUUAUUCCUCUUUCAUAUAUGGAUGCUUCACUUAGUAAGUAACAAGUAUCCUCAGUCUUUGCUAGCCUAUCUCCUGUCAAAUGGAAGUAUAGUUGUAGAGUUCCAUAAAAAUAUGUAGCCUUUCAUUAGCAACUGUAGUAUUGACUGCUAAUACACUUAGCAAAACAGUCCUCAUGUGUAGCAGCUAAAGUGGAUAAAGCCAGCCAGGGCAGAGAGGUCAUUCGAGGGUGUUUACAGCACUUCCUCCAGUCAGAUCUGUUCCCAAAGAUCAUAAUUUAGACAUGGCAGAAACCACAUGAUCAGUGGCUAACCAAAGGAUUUUCAGAAAUGUAUUUUGUGAAAACACUUAUAUCUGAUCUACCCCACUGACUUAAAGCAGUGUUAUACAUAAUUAUGUUCUCUAAAUUAGCUUAUUUCUCCUCCUUAUGUUCAUUUAGAUAUCAAAAGUUAUUUAGUUUAUUUUAGUGAAUAUUCAUUUAUAUCUAAAAAUAGCUUUUGAUACACCUGAAAUUACAAAAUUUCUAAUAUAGACAGAUCACUGUUGGAUUUUCCAAGUAUUUUCUAGUCUAAAACUUUUAUUUUCACUUAAUUUAAUUUUUAAUUUUAAUGCCUGAAACUCCAUUGGGGAGCCUGUAGACUCUUCUAGUUGGAUCAGAUUGAUAAAUUGUUUAUUAGAUAAGUACAUGAAAAGACAGAUAAAGCAUAACUGAACUAGCAGGUAACCUGUUGAACUCUUUCUUGACAUCACUGAGACUUGAGAGCCCUACAAGAGUAGCACAUUAAGGAAAUUGGUUACCUCAAAAUUCCCAGUUCCCAGCCCCAUUGAGAGAUUCUAGGGGCUUUCUAAUCUGCCAAAAACUCGUUACCAUCACAUGUGUCUACUAUAUAGUUCAAAUGUAUGACACAGGACACACUGAAAGGGAAUAAUCAAAACAAAGUUAUGCUUAGUCUUAUGCUGAAUUCGUUCCAUCCACCCUACUGAAGCAAGAGAGAUCUGAUCAUUAAAAUCCUUUUGCUAGCUAUGACAUAUUUGCAUACUUGUAAAGCUUACUGUAGUAAAUCUAGCAUCGCAAAUCUCAGUGUCCUAUGCUCACACUUUUGUAUUAAGGAUAUGUAUACAGAUUUUAUCUUUCAAUAAAAAUUUUUUACUCCCUAAAACUAUAUCUCUGUGUAAUUGUGUCAGAACUAUAAGGGGAUUAGGACUGAAGUCAACUAUUCCAAAAAAUAGCAGAGCAACAAGAUCUACACAUUCAGAACCUCAUAGAAUUUCGCAUUUUAGUUAUAAUGGUAAAGUUCUGUUUUUAUUCCAGUGAACAAUUUUACUAAACCAUUAAUUUGAAAAUAUUUGUUAACCUACGUUGCCUCUACUUUGGAAGGACAAAACUAUCCUGUUUCCUUUUUUGCCCUUUUAUUAUUUCAUAGUAACUAUUCUAAAACUUGGAUACAUUGCCUGUGUUUGGCAUUCCAUAGCAUGACUAUAAUAAUUCCCCAAUGUCAGAAAUGUAUAUAUAAGUUUCCACUUUUAUUGGCAAUUUAUAAGCUUUUUGAUAUUAUACUAUUUCAAUCUAAAAUGUAGAAUGUUAUAUGUUAUAACAAAAUGAAUAAAUUAUUACCUGUUGUAAUUUAAGCUAAAAUGCAACUAUUUUAAUAUCAAUAUAGAAGAAAAGCAUAGUUCAUAAUCAACUAUAUUUUAAAACUUGCAAGAUGUUUUGCCUACUUGUUUUCAGUAUUUAUAAUAAUUUUCUGCCUUUAGCAAGUAUCUCUUGUCGAGCCAGGUAACUGAACUGUGUUAUACUCUCAGACCCUAGAAAUGAGCAAAUAAUAAAUAGCUUUACUCUGUAUUUACCUUCUUCUUUUGUGUUAUAAUAAAAUAUUCACAUGGGCAUUAAUUUGAAA